CGAUCCGGAAGUUCCCAGUCGCCGGUUUCCGCCGGAAAAGGUUCCGUCCGGUCCAGACGGUUGUGUUUUUUCUGUCUCUCUUUCGGUUUGGAAUUGAUCCAUUGAUCCGGCCCAGAUCCGGACGAACCCCGAAUCCAAACGUAUAACUCCUGCCCGGUUUUGUUAAUAGGAGCUGCGUCUCAAUGCAGAUGUUUCGGGUGAAAUGAAUAAGGCACCUCAGCCUCAGUCUGGACCCCCAGCUGUCCCACCCUAUCCCUCCGCCCCUCUUCCUGCACCCUCCCCGGGCCUGUCCCAGCCCAGUUUUCCUUCUGCUCCACCCCCAGUUGUUUUCGGCACCCCUCCACCACAGAUGAAUCCCGCAGCCCAACCCCGGCCGUUUGCCUCAGGUCCUAGAGCUUUACCACAACAGGGUGGAUUCAGGUCACUGCAGACGUACUAUACCAGUCGGCCAACUUUACCUGCCAAUUCUGGGCGUGUUCAACAAAGCUCCGCCCCUCGUGCUAUCACCAAUCCACACGCAGCACGCCCCCAACACGUAUACCAGGCUGGCCCUUCCCAAAUGAUGAUGAUUCCCCAGCAACAAAUCAGCUUCCCAAACUCACAAAGCACCGCCUACUACAUACCUGGCCAGACAAAUUCAACCUUUUCAUACCGCCCCUCAUACGUGACCCCUCAGCAGUAUCAGGUGGCCAGUUCUCCUGGUUUUUACCCUGGUACCAGUCCAGCAGAUUACGCUGGAGCGUAUUACCCCGCCCAGCCCCAGUUCACGCCCCCUGUUGCCCCUACAUCUGUUAUCAUGAACCCCGCCCCCCAGCAGCAACAGGCCCCGCCUCCUCCACAGCAGCAAGCCCCGAUUAAACGGGAACGCAAGCAGAUAAGGAUUAGAGACCCUAAUCAAGGAGGUCGUGACAUCACAGAAGAGAUCAUGUCAGGAGGUCGUGGAUCAACACCUACACCACCUCAGCAACUGCUGUCUGCCUCUGAUGUCGGGAUCAACACGCACCCCAAUGGUGAUAACGCCAUACCUGCAGUCACCAGAGCAGAGUUUCCCAUCCCUCCAGGUGAAAGCCCUGUACCUGAUGCUCCGCCCACUCCCCCUCCAACCAGUCCUAUAGGCGAUACGGUGGAUGCUCCGCCCUCCAUGCCUGCAGACGAUAUCGACAUGACAGAAGUGGAACGACAAGACCAGUUUUUAGCCGUUUCCAUCUCCUCCAGUUCUAAUGGUGCAAAAGCAACACUCUCUAAAGGUAAAGAGGAGGGGCCAGUGACAGUGACCCUACCUGUCCCCGCUUCCCAAACGGAGACAGCGGUGGAGUCUCCAAUAGUUCAGCCAGAAGAGCUACAGCUUUACAAUGGUAUGACAAUGGUGGAAGCAGCCCUCGCUCGCAGCACCUACAGAGACGUUAGUCCUAUUGCCGAGCCUGAGAUCACUAAACAAGCUCCGCCUGUUACCAUGGAAAUGCCUGUUAGGACUGUCAAAGCAACACCUGUUGUUAAGGAUAUCCCUUCUCAGGUUGUCAAUGAGACUUCCAUUACGGUUGCUAAGGAAGUGCCAGCUCCUAUUGUUAAGGAGCCUAUUCCUUCGGUUGUCAAGGAGACCCCUGCUCCUGUUAUAAAGGAGACUCCGGCUCCUGUUGUCGUCAAGGAAACCGCUCCAAUGGUUGCCAAAGAAAUGCCUAUACCAGAUAAUAAAGAAGCAUCUCAGAAGGUUACCCAGGAUACAGAAACCCUGGUUCUAGGUGCAAAACAAACCUUGAAAAGUGUUGUUAGCAAGCCGCCUCCACCUGUUGCCAAGGAAACACCACAGCUCGCUGUCAAGGAAACACCACAGCUCGCUGUCAAGGAGACGCAACAGCUCGCUGUCAAGGAAACGCCACAGCUUGCUGUCAAGGAAACACCACAGCUCGCUGUCAAGGAGACGCAAAACCUCGCUGUCAAGGAGACGCAAAACCUCGCUGUCAAGGAGACGCAAAACCUCGCUGUCAAGGAGACGCAACAACAUGCUGUCAAGGAGACGCAACAGCUCGCUGUCAAGGAGACGCCACAACUCGCUGUCAAGGAGACGCCACAGCUCGCUGUCAAGGAGAUGCCACAGCUCGCUCUCAAAGAAACACCUCAACUGGCUGUGAAAGAAACGCCCCAGCCCGUGGUCAAGGAAACGCCCCAGCCCGUGGUCAAGGAAACGCCCCAGCCCGUGGUCAAGGAAACGCCCCAGCCCGUGGUCAAGGAAACGCCCCAGCCCGUGGUCAAGGAAACGCCCCAGCCCGUGGUCAAGGAAGCGCCCCAGCCCGUGGUCAAGGAAGCGCCCCAGCCCGUGGUCAAGGAAGCGCCCCAGCCCGUGGUCAAGGAUGCGCCCCAGCCCGUGGUCAAGGAUGCGCCCCAGCCCGUGGUCAAGGAAGCUCCCCAGCCCGUGGUCAAGGAAGCGCCCCAGCCCGUGGUCAAGGAAGCACCUCAGCCAGUUGCAAAGGAACCAUGUCUCCCAUCUGAGGUUGUUGUGGAUUCAAAGACCAAGCCUCCUCCAACUGAAGAGCGUGAAGAUGUUCCCGUUCCUCAGGCUGUUCCCUCUGAGAGUUCUAUGACAGCAAUCUCUGCUCAAAAGAGAAAGAGAAAAAUGAAAGAGUUCAACAACAAAGAAACUGGCGAUCUUCUUGACGCUUUUAAAGAGCCUCCACCCCCUGAGCCAGAGGCCACACCCCCAGUGAAGGCGGAGCCAGAGAAUAUUCCUCCAGUUGCCCUGCCCCCUGCCGAAGAAGUGGACGAGACUUGGGAGGAGAAAGAAGAUAAACUCGAUGCUGAAAACAUCAGACCACAAAGCCCGGCCACGCCCACCGAACAAAAGUACCAGUAUAAAGAAGAGCAAUGGAAACCGAUUAACCCUGAGGAGAAGAAGAAAUAUGACAGAGAGUUUUUGCUUGGCUUUCAGUUUAUCAGUGCUAGCAUGCACAAGCCGGAGGGUUUGCCACAAAUCAGUGAUGUUGUUCUGGACAAGGCCAAUAAAACUCCUCUGAGGCAGUUAGAUCCCAGUCGUUUGCCUGGAAUGAAUUGUGGUCCAGAUUUCACUCCAUCAUUCGCCAACCUCGGUCGUCCAUCAGGUGGAGGACGUGGCCCGGUAACUGAUAUACUAUGAGCAGGCAACACAUUAAGGAAGAAAAGUAGUUUCAGUUUUAUGUUGUUGAUCUCUCUCUGUCUGUUUAGCCUUCAGGUCUGAGGUCCCCGGCGUUCAGGUCAAGGCCCACGUGGGAAAGAGCCUCGUAAGAUCAUCGCCAGCGUGUCUCUGACUGAGCACGUGCAGCUGAAUAAAGCAGAGAAGGCGUGGAAGCCAUCAGUAAAGCUCGGGCGAGCGGAAGAAGACGACGCGGAGGCCGCAAAGACACAGGAGCUGUUCAAACGCGUACGCAGCGUUUUAAACAAACUGACACCGCAGAUGUUUCAGCAGCUGAUGAAGCAGGUGACCGAACUUUCCAUCGACACGGAGGAACGACUGAAGGGAGUCAUCGAUCUGAUUUUUGAGAAGGCCAUCUCUGAACCUAACUUCUCCGUCGCGUAUGCCAACAUGUGCCGCUGCCUGAUGGGGCUGAAGGUUCCCACAACGGAUAAACCAGGAGUGACAGUGAAUUUCAGGAAGUUGUUACUGAAUCGCUGUCAGAAAGAGUUUGAGAAGGACAAAGAUGAUGAUGAAAUUUUUGAGAAGAAACAGAAAGAUCUGGAUGCUGCCACGACAGAAGAGGAAAGACAAAGGUUAAAGGAGGAGCUUGAGGAAUCCAAAGAUAAAGCACGGCGACGGUCGCUAGGCAACAUCAAGUUCAUCGGCGAGCUUUUUAAGCUGAAGAUGUUAACGGAGACCAUCAUGCACGACUGCAUCGUUAAACUGCUGAAGAAUCACGACGAGGAGAGUCUGGAGUGUCUCUGCCGACUGCUGUCAACCAUUGGAAAAGAUCUCGACUUCGAGAAAGCUAAGCCCCGAAUGGAUCAAUAUUUCCAUCAGAUGGAGAAGAUCAUCAAAGAGAAGAAAACAUCUUCCAGGAUUCGCUUUAUGUUACAGGACGUGAUUGACUUACGACGGAACAACUGGGUCCCGCGCAGAGGUGAUCUGGGUCCGAAAACAAUCGAGCAGAUCCACAAAGAGGCGGAGCUUGAGGAGCACAGAGAGCAUGCCAAAGUUCAACAGCAGCUCCUGUCUAAGAAGGACAGCCGUGGAGGAGGUGACAGAGGAGGAGAUAGAGGAGGAGGAGGAGGAGGAGAUAGAGGAGGAGGAGGGGGUGGUGUUAUGGGAUCCCGGGGUGGACAGCAUACACCUGGUUCCCGUGGUAACCAGGCCCCUGAUGACGGCUGGAACACGGUACCCAUUUCCACAAAGAACAGACCCAUUGACCCCACUCGACUCAGCAAGAUUACAAAGCCGGGUGCCUUGGACUUCAAUAACCAGCUUCUUGCCCCUGGAGGUAAAGGGACGUGGGGCAGUUGGGGCAAAGGAAGUAGUGGAGGCACAGGAGCAAAACCCAUUGACGGUGGUGGAGGUGGUGGUGGUGGUGCCCAAGAUCCCGGUCGCCCGAGCAAUCUGAACCGUUUCUCGGCUCUUCAGCAGUCUGCUUCAUCUUCCUCAUCCUCAAACAUCGACUCUGACAGGAGGCUUCCUCACAGGAGUAGCUCCAGUCGGGAUCGCUUCGACCGCGGCGAUGAGCGCCCGGAUCGGGGUGGCGACCGCUACGAUCGUCGUGACGACCGCGGAUCUGACCGGCUGGACCGGAAUCGUCCUGCGGUCAGCAAGCGAAGUUUUAGCCGUGACAAGGACGAAAGGAGUCGGGAGCGAGAUCAGCGCCCCGCGGAGACGGUCCGAAGAGUGUCCAGCAUGACGGACGAGCGAAGAGAAAGAGACCGCGGCAACCGUGAAGUCGUGAAAAGAGAGACGGUCCACACUCCACCUGCUGUUUCAACUAAACCUGCUCUGAGCGAAGAAGAACUGGAGAAGAAAUCAACGGCCAUCAUAGAGGAAUAUUUACACAUUAAUGACAUGAAGGAGGCGCUGCAGUGUGUAACUGAGUUGAACUGCGCGUCCCUGCUGUGUGUGUUUGUGAGGACGGGUAUUGAAUCAACUCUGGAGCGCAGCACCAUCGCCAGAGAGCACAUGGGUUUACUGUUUCACCAACUACUCAAAACACAAGCGCUUUCAACACAACAGUAUUAUAAAGGAUUGUUGGAGGUCCUGGAGGUUGCAGAAGAUAUGGCGAUUGAUAUUCCUCAUAUAUGGGUAUAUCUGGCUGAGUUGAUCUGUCCUGUGCUGCUUGAUGGUGGGAUUCCCAUGGGAUCGCUCUUUAGGGAAGUGGCAAAACCUCUGUCACCUCUUGGGAAAGCUGGAGUUUUACUGGCAGAGAUUCUUACACUUCUCUGUAAAGCAAUGAGUCACAAAAAGGUGGGGACAAUGUGGAGAGAGGCGGGGCUUAGCUGGAAAGACUUCCUUCCUGAAGACGAGGAUGUGAAUAAGUUUGUCACUGAAAAGGCAGUGGAGUUCACUCUAGGUGAGGAGUGUAUGAGGAAGAGCAGUAAAUCAUCUCUGAGUCCAGAUGAGAUCUCCAGAGAACUCGAUCGUCUCCUGCAGGAGAAAGCUGACAACCAGAGGAUCUUUGAUUGGGUGGAGGCCAAUCUGGACGAGCAGCAGACUUCAUCUAAUGGGUUUGUGAGAGCGCUGAUGAUGGCGGUCUGUCAGUCAGCUGUCAUCUGUGAGAAUCCGUAUAAAGUGAACACUAAGGAAAUGAUCCAGCGAUCCAAGCUGCUCCAGCGCUACAUUAAAGAUGAACAGAAGGAGCUUCAAGCGCUUUACGCUUUACAGAACCUGAUGGUGCAGAUGGAGCAGCCGCCCAAUUUGUUGCGGAUGUUUUUUGACGUGUUGUACGACGAGGACGUUAUUAAAGAAGAUGGCUUUUAUAAAUGGGAGUCCAGUAAAGACCCAGCAGAACAGCAGGGCAAAGGCGUCGCCCUCAAAUCUGUCACCGCCUUCUUUACCUGGCUGCGCGAAGCUGAGGACGAAUCGGACAACAGCUAGAGUUUAGCCACGCCCACUACAGAGGAGGAGGAUCAAGGGAAAUGAGAUCUUCGAUGAUAAAACAUUAAGACGUUUUUACUUUUAAUUUCGAAUUUAAAUGCCGUUGAACUGAAAUGAAAAUGAAGAGUAUUAGAGGAUUACAAGCCUUACCUGCUCGCCGAAGAUUUUAGCCGUUAGCAUCGCCGCUUCCUGUUUCGUGCUUUUGCUGUCACGGAGACGGACGUUGAUGACAUCAUUGCAUUGAAUCCUUGAUUUAUUUAGUUUGUUUGGAAAGCCUUUAUUUUGUCACGGCAGAUGUGGUUUUGCUUGGAGCGAGUGAUAGCGUGUGUGUUGCUGUAUCGGAUGGAAAAGUGAGGUCUCUUUUCCUUCCGUGUUGAUUUAGCCGAGUGAUUUCAGCUGUUUGUUUUCUACUUUUUUAUGACAGAAAAUCUAACAAAAAAUGCAAAUAGCAUCUCCUCUUCAGAGCCGCUGUUGACGUCGGUGACGGCUCUGAACGUGACGAGUGCUAGAGAGACGAAAACUUUAAACUUUUUGCUGCUGCUGGUCUCGGGACGUUUCCGUCGAACGGUUCCCGUACACAAAAUAUCAGAAAACUUCAAUAAAAAAAGAGUGGAGAGUUUGUGGAUGUUUCUCACACUUGUGCACCUGUAGUGGACUUUAUCAAACAAAUCAAUAAUUACAACUUGAAUAUAUAUAAAGAAAAUAAAGUCCUUGAUACCCGAGAGCUGGAGUAAAGACGAGAGAGAGAUUUGAGUACUACAUGCCUUUCAGCUUCCUGCAUUUCAGGAGCGCCCUGUAUAUAAAGAUUUUGUUUUGCUUUUUCAGUAAUAAAAAAUUUAACCUUAAUGCCAUUUAUUAAUUUUCCGUAUUUAAUUGUUUUUUUUUUCUUUUCUUUGCGGUUUAACCACCCAGCUGAGCUUGUAAAAUAAAUCUCCACUAGUUAUUGGUUAUAGUUUAAUGAAAUUCUGUAAAUAUUUCUCUUUUUUGCUUUACGUAUUUAAUUAAGAGAAAUUAAUGCUUCUUUUCACAUUUGAAACUGGAAAGAUAAUAAAGAAUAUUGCAAUGGAAAAAGUACAAAA